GUUCAGCACCUCCCGGCAGACGCUCACCUGGAUCCCGGACUCCUUCUUCUCCAGCCUCCUCAGCGGCCGCAUCUCCACCUUGAAGGAUGAGACGGGAGCAAUCUUCAUCGACCGCGACCCCACGGUCUUCGCGCCCAUCCUCAACUUCCUGCGCACCAAGGAGCUGGACGCGCGCGGCGUGAGCGCCUCGCUGCUGCUGCACGAGGCGCAGUUCUACGGCAUCGCGCCCUUAGUGCGGCGGCUGCAGCUGCGCGAGGAGCUGGAGCGCUCGUCCUGCGGCAGCGUCCUCUUCAACGGCUACCUGCCGCCGCCAGUGAUCCCGGCGAAGCGCCGCAACCGGCACAGCGUGGCGGGAGCGCAGCGGGCGGCGGGCGCCGAGCGCGCGCCCGUGCGCCGCAGCAACACCAUGCCCCCCAACCUGGGCAACGCGGGGCUGCUGGGGCGGCUGCUGGAGGAGCGGGCGGCGGGCGCGGGGCCCGGCGAGCCGGGCGCCGUGCGCCUCGUGUGCGGCCACCACAACUGGAUCGCCGUGGCCUACGCGCAGUUCCUGGUGUGCUACAGGAUGAAGGAGACGUCGGGCUGGCAGCUGGCCUUCUGCAGCCCGCGCCUCGACUGGCUCAUCGAGCGCGUGGCCCUCAACGCCAAGGUGCCCGGCGGCCCCGCGGGCGACCACGACAGGAUGGUGGCCGUGGCGUCGAGCAGCGAGAUCAUCCUGUGGGCGCUGCAGGCCGACGGCAACGGCAGCGAGAUCGGCGUCUUCGUCCUGGGCGUCCCCGUGGAAGCCCUCUUCUUCGUGGGCAACCAGCUCAUCGCCACGAGCCACACGGGCAAGAUCGGCGUGUGGAACGCGGUCACCAAGCACUGGCAG